GGAAACGGCUAAAAGGGAGCGUUUGGCUGUCCAGAUUCCCGCCCCCUAAUCGAAAAGUAAAAUUCACCGUCACAUCUCAAAUAAAAAUAUCAGAAAAAAAAGAAAGGCAACCGUCUUCUGAUCUGUGGCAAGAAUCUGAAAUAAAAAGUCAAUUUCCCCCGAAUUAAUUUUUUUUUAAAAAAAAAACACACACACACACACACACAAACGGAUAAAAGUAAAAUUGAUCCAACAGUUACAGAAAUCCGUUUAUGCUUUACGGAUAUCCAAACACGCGCUAUACAAUUAUUUUACUAAGCACUAAAAAACGCAGGAAGAAGAUAUCUUGCACACAAGAAGAAAAGAGCAGCUUGUAAUUCACGCCUUUGUUCAGUUCCGAUCCGAAAUGAGCGGGAGCGAGGGCAGCUCCGGCCACUCCGCCGCUGCCGGAGAAGCUCCGGCGGCUGCUUCGGGUGAUAAUAAGAAGAAGGAGAAGGCCAGAGUGAGUCGAACCUCGAUGAUACUGUGGCACGCUCACCAGAACGACGCUGCCGCCGUCCGGAAGCUUCUAGAAGAGGAUCGGAGUUUGGUACACGCUAAGGAUUACGAUAACCGGACUCCGCUCCACGUCGCUGCUCUCCACGGUUGGAUCGACGUCGGCAAGACUUUGAUCGAGUUUGGCGCUGAUGUCAACGCCCAAGAUCGUUGGAAAAACACGCCUCUAGCUGAUGCAGAAGGAGCUAAAAAGCACGGCAUGAUUGAAUUGCUGAAGUCAUAUGGUGGCCUAUCUUAUGGUCAGAAUGGGAGCCACUUUGAACCAAGGGCUGUUCCUCCCCCUCUACCUAAUAAGUGUGACUGGGAGAUUGAUCCUUCUGAACUGGACUUCUCAAACUCAGCUAUAAUUGGGAAGGGGUCUUUUGGUGAGAUACUGAAAGCAUGCUGGCGUGGAACACCUGUAGCUGUCAAAAGGAUUCUUCCAAACCUCUCAGAUGAUAGAUUGGUCAUUCAAGAUUUCAGACAUGAGGUCAAUUUGCUGGUAAAACUUCGGCAUCCAAAUAUUGUUCAGUUUCUUGGAGCUGUCACUGAAAAGAAGCCUUUGAUGCUAAUCACUGAGUACUUGAGGGGGGGUGACCUACAUCAAUAUCUGAAGGAAAAAGGUGCACUUAACCCGGCAACUGCAAUUAAUUUUGCAAUGGAUAUUGCCAGAGGGAUGGCUUAUCUUCACAAUGAACCAAAUGUCGUGAUUCAUCGGGAUUUAAAGCCAAGGAAUGUUCUCCUUGUCAAUACCAGUGCCGACCAUUUAAAAGUUGGAGACUUUGGCCUAAGUAAACUCAUUAGGGUUCAACAUUCUCAUGACGUGUACAAGCUAACUGGAGAGACAGGAAGCUGUGAGUAUUUUUUGUUCGUAUUGUGUCGACUUAAAAUGUGUUUGCUUGUAUCUUAGAUUUGAUUAUUAUUUUACUUAUCCCAUAUGUUUGAUUUUGUGCAUACCAAAGAUCGAUACAUGGCUCCUGAAGUAUUCAAGCACAGAAAGUACGAUAAGAAGGUUGAUGUGUUUUCUUUUGCUAUGAUAUUAUAUGAGGUAAAUUUAGUGUACUCUCUCAGCAUUAUAGAGAAUUAUGGAGAAUUGUCUUCGUUUUCUUUCUUCUUUGUUUUUCUUUUUCUAUAUGAACAAUGAAAUUUGCAGAUGCUCGAGGGUGAGCCACCCCUUUCCCACUAUGAACCAUACGAGGCAGCUAAAUAUGUUGCAGAAGGUCACAGGCCUAUGUUUAGGGCAAAGAGUUUCAUACCAGAAUUGAGAGAGUAAGUCAAAUUGUGAAAUUUCACCCAUGAAACAAUCAGAAGUUUGGUUUAUUGUGAAUGUUUGUGACCCAAACAUGUCUAAAAGGAGUUGUCUCAUUUGUCGAAACUUUUUUUCGUUAUCCAAUCCAACUAAUAGCCACAUAAUGCCUGAGACCCAUUAUCAAAGUUGAGUUCAAGGUGUCUUUCUGUCAUUAUGCCAAAGCUGUCACAUAAUGACUACAGCGUUUUGGUCAUGAACUUAUCAAUUCUGUAGUCGCUAAAUGCAUUGAUGGUCCCUCAUUCUCAUAGGUUGAUUCAAUUUGGUUCUUAAUUUCUUUUGUACCUUGAUCUUAGAUUGGUUGAGCAUUGCUGGGCUGCUGACAUGAACAAGAGGCCUUCAUUCUUGGAGAUUCUAAAGAGACUAGAAAAACUGAAGGAUAUGUUGCCCUCGGAUCAUCAUUGGCAUCUCUUUACUUCAUGAUUUUUAAGGCCUGGAAGAAAAGUAGACGUUCUGCAAAUUAUAUCUGCAAGCCCCCAUCCCUGUUUACCCUGCAAUACCUGAACAUCCUGAAGGGAUUGUGAAUAGUUAACAAGGUUCCAGGAGUUUUGCUGAAGUCUAUUCCUCGCCAGCUCAUCUGGAUUUGAAGAUUGUAGAUAGGGAUGUUCCCCAGAUUCCUUAGCUAGCUUGGUGAAAUUAACAUAUAACCCAAGCUCUUAUUCUUGACAUUGUCGCUUGGUAUUUGUUGAGUUCUAGAUCCUUAAAAAUGUUUCUUAGCAUAGUCUGUUGUCUGUUUCAUACUCAUUUUUUCUAUAAAGUUAUACUCAUAACACAAGUUUGAGUCCACCAACAUCAACCGUUUAAAUUUUCUCUAGUAUUUCUUUGUUUUGGAAGGUAAGAAAGAUGAAAACUGAGUCCCUAGAAGUAUUUUUAAUGCAGUUUGAUGUUGCUAGCGAGUUCUUGAAGUCUGUCCAGGUUACUGAUACAAUGCAACAUGUACACACGAUUUGUUAAUAAUGUACCAACAUAAAUUAUAGGAUUCAAAAUACAAACAUCACAAACGCAAAUACAAGCAGAAGCUGUAAUCAAAAUUAUCUCCUCAUGCCAUAAAUAAUUCGCGGUCAUGUUUCAAAUUUUCCUAGCCAUAUCAGUUCGAAGUAGUCUGUUUCUACUUGUGUUUAUAACGUAAGCAAACAGUUAGAAGCUCUUGUACAGAGAAAACUUUAUACCACUAUAUAAGCUUCUUCUUCUCGAAAAAUGUCUUCAGAUGCCAUAGCUGCAAUCCUGACACAGACAAAGCAAUGAAGAGGGAGAGAAGACUUAACCAACCCAUCUUAGAGUUGGUAGAUCUGUUGAGCUCCUGCAUUUCUUCCUCCCUACAACAAGCACAAAAAUUGUCAGGAAAUCAAUCGUGACCACAUAUAAGACGGGAACAUGAGCAACCUAAGAACUAUAGAUACAUACCUUUCUCGAAGGUAGAACAUCUCAUCAUGAAUGGACUGAACAGCGUCAUACAUUUUCUUCAGCUCUAUUUCCAUCAACUGGUAAACAAGUAGUUCCAAACAUAAAUAAGAUGUAUUGCUAACACAAUCAAGAAAUAUGAAUAUUCAUCAUUAGCAAAAAGUAGUUUCAGUCCACAUAUUCUCCAACAUAACAAAGAUCCCAUGACAUUCACCUAACCACCUAAACCUUUAACUUGCAAUGCUUUCACUAAUGGGGACCCAUCCACCACUCACAAUCUUUCAAAUGUCAUCGACAUACAAAUAUGCAAUUAAUUCCAAAAAUAAAAGAACAAGGAUGAACAAAUCAUGCAGGCAAAGGAAAAGGAAAAGAGGACCAGGACGCAGACACAUUUCUCCUAUAUUUGAAAACAGUUGCAGGGUUUAAAAAAGAAAAUGGUUGCAGGGAGAAACCCAUUCGUUCCGUUAAUAUACAAUAUCAGAUUCACACAAAAGUAUAACUCCAGGGGAAAAGCCGGAGAGGUCGAUAUGACCUAUAUAAAAGUAAUUCAAUCAUUCAACGCAUCAAUUAAACAGUCUCUAAAGAGCAACAUAAAAAAAAAAGAAGAGGAACCAGAUAUCUUUUGCUGCACAUCCUAUUGAAUAAAAUGUCAAGUAACUGGCACAUGUUUGCCAAUAAGUCUAAGCAACAAAAGAAAAACAAGCACAAAUUUUAUUUAAUUUUUCCUUUUCUUGACUGUGGCACAGUCUAAUCCAGAUCAAUGACUCUCACAAAGGGAAGUCCAAGGUUCUGCAGGAACUUCUUUCGGAAUUAAAGAUUGUGCUGAAUUCAACCUCCAGAUGGCCAAACCAUAAAAAAAAAUUGUUUUACUCACCCAUUCGUGUCUCUAUCUUUACAAAGGGAACAUCUCCAACAUUGUUCUGUAUUUACUAUCGCAGAUCCAUAUUUCCGUUGAUGCAUUUUGCAUCUUUGAGGUGAGAAAGGCAGAUCAGACUAAAGAAAAUUCCACUAAAAUAUACCGGAUAUAUUAAGCACGUCAUGUCACUAAACAGAAAUGCUAACGAAACCCCUCACUCAUCAAUCUCCCCCCGUCCUCAUAACCUUGCAGCCUCAUUAAUCCUAUGCAUGCAAGAAACAGGUUGACAUCGAUCACUAACAGCAUUCUACAUUCUGAAAACAUACUAAAGUGCAUAAUAAUCCAUGAAAUGCCUACUGAAAAGUGUUCCUAGGUUCAUUCAGCACUAGAGUAAAACACCUUAACUCAUCAAUCAUCCCCC